AUGCGCGCUGGGUGCUCUGUCUAUCAAACUCGUAUGAUUAAGCAAGAGAUUAUUUCGCGCUUUGUCUUUCAACAGUACUCUCUCAGCGUUCUACAUACACUUUAUAUACUGUAUACAGAAAUGGGAGCUGGGAGGAAAACACAGACAUUUGUAUUGAAUGAAGCUUCACCUUCAUUUGCAUCGAAGGCAUCUUAUGCCACAUCAGCUAGAAAUUUGAGAAAAAGUCAGCUUGGAGGUGUAAUAUUUGGUUGCAAGAGCGGAACUUUCAAAGAAUGCCUCUCUAAACAACUCUUUGGCCUGCCUUCUCAGCACUUUGUGUAUGUAAAAAAUAUAGAGCCUGGUUUGCCGCUGUUUUUGUUUAACUACGGCGAUAGAACAAUUCAUGGUAUUUUUGAAGCUGCCAGCUGUGGCCAACUGAACAUCAAUCCUUACGCAUGGACGUCAGAUGGUUCAGAGAAAACACCAUAUCCAGCUCAGGUUCAGAUACGUAUGCGGAUUCAAUGUCAAGCACUUCCUGAACUUCAGUUUAAACCAAUAAUUGUUGACAACUAUUACACUCUAAACCAUUUCUGGUUUGAGCUGGAUCAUGCUCAAGCAAGCAAGUUGUUGUCCAAACUUUCUUCUUUAGCAGUAACUCCAAGCACGUUUAUACCACAAAUUGCAGAAAAUAGGACAGCUAUGUUGCUUCCCUUCCCUUCAAAUGACAAUAGAAAGGAAAGUGGAACUUCUUAUCCACCGUCUUCAACAGAUAAUUUUACAAUCUCCAAUGAUGCAAUUUGUACAAUGGGUGCUAAAGAUGAUUCUCAGUGUUUGGAUGGAAACAACCAAUUUCCAGAGCCAGCCUUGCAAAAUCAAAUGGUAUAUGUUGAUCAAAAGGAUUUUAUCUACAUGAAAUUAAAAGAAUUGCUACCCAAUGGUGGGCAUACAGAUGCAGUUAAGGAAGGAAAUGCAUUAGAAUCUGCCAUAGAGGAUAAUUUAUUGGGGCUUGAAACUGCUGAAAAAGCUCCAGUGACUUCAGAAGAGGAAAAUGAUGAUAGUUCUUUUAAUUUAUCUUGUUAUCCUGCUGUAAUAACACAGUUGUGCCAGGAGAUUGAAGAACUAAAGGCUUUCAAGAAAGAGCAAACUCAGAAGAUGGAAAGUUUGGAAAAGAAGCUGGUUGGAGCAGAAGAAGAAAUUUGUCGACUGGAAAAUAGAUGUAUGGCAUUGGAGUCUGGGUCAAGUCUUUUCGUGACACAGGCUGAGGAAGCUGUAGUGUCAUUUGAUGGACUUCACCUCAAUCUUGAUGAAUUAAUAUUUCUAGUGGGAGGUCAUGAUGGUGAAUCAUGGUCAUCAGCAUUGCAUUCAUAUUCACCUUCACACGAUGUGAUGAAGUCUCUCAAGCCUAUGUCUUCUGUACGAGCAUAUGCCUCAGUUGCUAAGUUAAAUGGAGAACUUUACGUUUUUGGUGGCGGAAACGGUGCUUUGUGGUAUGAUACAGUUGAGUCAUACAAUCCUGUUAAUGAUCAAUGGACUCUACGCCCAACCCUAAAUGAGAGAAAGGGAAACUUAGCUAGUGCUGUGUUAGAUGGAAAAAUCUUUGCAUUUGGUGGAGGAAAUGGAGUUGAAAGCUUUUCAAAUGUUGAAAUGUUCGAUUCAGAAGUUGGACGCUGGAUUUCCACACGCUCUAUGCUACAAAAGCGUUUUUCUCUUACAGCAGCAGAGUACAAUGGUGCAAUCUAUGCUGUUGGUGGAUACGAUGGUAAAGAUUAUUUGAAGUCUGCUGAAAGAUUUGACCCAAGAGAACACUCGUGGACUAGAAUUGCAAGUAUGGAAACACCGAGAGGCUGUCAUUCAUUGGUUGUCAUGAAUGAGAAGUUGUACGCCAUUGGUGGUUAUGAUGGAAAUGAGAUGGUGCCCAGCAUGGAAAUAUACGACCCUCGUCUUGGAAAGUGGAUGACCGAGAAGCCUCUGAACCGAGCCAGGGGAUAUUCAGCUACUGCCGUUCUAAACGAAUCCAUAUAUGUAAUUGGAGGUGCUGAUACUGCUAAUGGCACAGUGGACAAUAUUGAAAGAUACGAGGGUCGAGGUUGGCAAGAAACAAACUUGAAGGCUGUCAGUAAAAGGUGCUUCGCCUCAGCUAUUGUCUUGGGAGAGAGUUAA